GCUCUAGAUCGAGUACUGCCCCCACUGUCUUUCCACCUUCUUCUUCUGCAGCGGUGGCAGCAGCAGCACUUAGCAGCGGCAACUUGAGGCUGCACCCUGGGCAAGCCCUUCAGGGUGGUGCUUAGCUGAGAUAGGGGCUCAGCGCCCCAAGGGGUGUGUGUAGGGUGGGGGCGGCCAGCUGGGACCAGCUGGUGGCCCUGGAAAACCUCCCACACACUCACACCCACACACCCCUUUUGUGUUGCAGGCUGCCCCUCCAAGAGCAGAGGCAGCGAGAGGACGUGUGCCUCGCGCGGGUCCGCGUGGGGAGAGCAGUGGGAACGGAGACCUGCACCACCUCCCGGUCCUCCCUCCAGGGAAAACAGGAAAAGGAGAACUAGCAAGAGCUUGAGUGACAAACGCCUGGAUUCAGAUUAGAACACUGUUCAUUUGCCUAGUGCUUCGUUCCUGGAAAUUGCGCUGCAACUGCCUGAUUAAGAAAAACGAAUCUGAAAGAAAACAAAGAAUAAAAUACCCCAGAAUUCACAACAGAACAUCUCACCUGAACCUAAAAUGGUGAGCGAGAGUCAUCAUGAGGCCCUGGCAGCCCCGCCAGUCACCACUGUUGCGACAGUCCUACCAAACAAUGCCACAGAGCCAGCCAGUCCUGGAGAAGGAAAGGAAGAUGCCUUUUCUAAGCUGAAGGAGAAGUUCAUGAAUGAGUUACAUAAAAUUCCAUUGCCACCGUGGGCCUUAAUUGCCAUAGCCAUAGUUGCAGUCCUUUUAGUCCUGACCUGCUGCUUUUGUAUCUGUAAGAAAUGCUUGUUCAAAAAGAAAAACAAGAAGAAGGGAAAGGAAAAGGGAGGGAAGAAUGCCAUUAACAUGAAAGAUGUGAAAGACUUAGGGAAGACCAUGAAAGAUCAGGCCCUGAAGGAUGAUGAUGCUGAAACUGGACUGACCGAUGGGGAAGAAAAAGAAGAACCCAAAGAAGAGGAAAAAUUGGGAAAACUUCAAUAUUCACUGGAUUAUGAUUUCCAGAAUAACCAGCUGCUGGUGGGGAUCAUCCAGGCUGCCGAGCUGCCCGCCUUAGACAUGGGGGGCACGUCCGAUCCCUACGUGAAAGUGUUCCUGCUGCCCGAUAAAAAGAAGAAGUUUGAGACAAAAGUCCACCGAAAGACCCUUAAUCCUGUCUUCAAUGAGCAAUUUACUUUCAAGGUGCCAUACUCGGAACUGGGUGGCAAAACCCUGGUGAUGGCUGUAUAUGAUUUUGAUCGUUUCUCCAAGCAUGACAUCAUUGGCGAAUUUAAAGUCCCCAUGAAUACAGUGGAUUUCGGUCAUGUAACUGAGGAGUGGCGUGAUCUGCAAAGUGCCGAGAAGGAAGAGCAAGAGAAAUUGGGUGACAUCUGCUUCUCCCUUCGCUACGUACCCACCGCCGGCAAACUGACUGUUGUCAUCCUGGAGGCAAAGAAUCUGAAGAAGAUGGAUGUGGGUGGCUUAUCUGAUCCUUAUGUGAAGAUUCAUCUGAUGCAGAAUGGCAAGAGGCUGAAGAAGAAAAAGACAACAAUUAAGAAGAACACACUUAACCCCUACUACAACGAGUCAUUCAGCUUUGAAGUACCCUUUGAGCAAAUCCAGAAAGUGCAAGUGGUGGUUACUGUUUUGGACUAUGACAAGAUUGGCAAGAACGAUGCCAUCGGCAAAGUCUUUGUGGGCUACAAUAGCACCGGGGCGGAGCUGCGACAUUGGUCAGACAUGCUGGCCAACCCCAGGCGACCCAUUGCCCAGUGGCACACUCUACAGGUAGAGGAGGAAGUUGAUGCCAUGCUGGCAGUCAAGAAGUAAAGGAGAGAAGAAGCCUUUCUGCAUUUGCCCACAUAGUGCUCUUUAGCCAGUAUCUGUAAAUACCUCAGUGAUAUGGGUCCUUGCGUUUUUCCAGCCAUGCAUUCUAACACAAUUCAGUGGUACUUCAAAUCCUGUUUUAAUUUGCACAAAUUUAAAUGUAGAGAGCCCCUAAGCCCUUCAUCAUACCAGUGCCCUCCAAAUCUACUCUUCUUUUAAGCAAUAUGAUGUGUAGAUAGAGCAUGACUGAAAUUAUUUACUGUAUCACAUCGUUGUAUAUACCAGUAUGCUAAAGAUUUAUUUCUAGUUUGUGUAUUUGUAUGUUGUAAGCGUUUCCUAAUCUGUGUAUAUCUAGAUGUUUUUAAUAAGAUGUUCUAUUUUAAACUAUGUAAAUUGACUGAGAUAUAGGAGAGCUGAUAAUAUAUUAUAUGGUAAAUAUAGUAUCGUCUGCAUUCCAGCAAAAAUAUCAACUUGUAAGGCACUAGUACAGUGAAACUGACAUCUUAAAGGACAACUUAAACCCGAGCUUUCUAUUGAAUCAAAUUGAGUACCAAGAUACAAUUACACCACGUAUUUGGUGGGUGAAUCCACUUUUAUAGAAUUGCUUCACAGGCAAAUUAACACGAUCUGAGCAGCAUCCAGGCUGACCUCCAGGAAGCAUAGCCACAAACCAGAAUAGCAUCUGUCUGUACAUAUCUACAAAGCUGAAACCAGGGCUUCACGCUUACAUUCGAGGAAGCAACUGAACAGGAGUCAAUGAUUUCAUAUUACAGCAUGUAGAGUAACAACAUGAUGGUGUUCCCUGUGUGUGAGUGUGUGUGUGUGCACGUGUGUGU